GGCGGGUCCCACCCUCCACUUCCCAAGUCCCCAGUCCAGCAGUCCACUCCACCCUGCCUCGCCGCCGUUGAGCUAGAGCUUCCUCUCCCUCACCGUCGCCGCCCCGGGCCCCCGGCUGCCGCCCGUUUCCAUGGAGUGGGGUGGCAGUGGCACUGGCAUUGGCAUUGGCGGCAGCCCGCUGGCCCAACCCCAACCGCCUCCCGCCAAGGACGUCGACGAGGCGGCGCUGGCGCUCACCAAGCGCGCGCGCAAGAGGAGCAGGUACCUCUCCCCUCCCUACACCGACAGGGAUGUCCAGGAGGAGGAGGUCGCCGGGGAGGAGCCGCCGCCUGAUGCCUCCGCCGCGGAGGCGCUGUCCGCUGUCCUAGCCGCUGCGCUCCGGCACGGGCAGGCGGUGGAUCCGGCGGCCCUCCGCUUCCUGGCCCUGUACAGGAGGAACAGGAACAGGGCCGCCACCGCGACCUUCGACACUCACCCCGGUUGCCGUGCCGCCGCCGGCGGCGGUGGUAGCAGCAGCAAGCCCCCAUUCCCUGCUCCUGCUGCUACUGUUGGUGGCGGCCACACGGUGGUCAACCCCAGUGCAGGCCCUGCCAUUAGGCCUGGCGAUGGAUCCCCAGCCCCAGCCAAGAAGAAGAAUCCCCAAGAUAAUCCUCCUGCUGAUGGACAGAUUUGGGCGCGCAAAUCGGCCGCCGGUUUUGCUGCCAAUGCAUCAAACGGUCUCGCUAAUCCUACUCCCCCACCGAAGAGGAAGAAGAAGUACAGGAACCGGAUGAGGGGCGCCGCCGGGCACGAGCAGCAGCACUCGGGGAACCCCGCGGCACUCGUCCUCGACUUCGCGGCGGGGGCUCCUCUGCCCUCCAAGGAGGACCUCGUCUCCGCGUUCCGCGGGUUCGGCGCCGUGAUCGACUGCGAGACCGCCAUUGCCCAGGACAAGCGCAGCGCGCGCGUGGCGUUCGCCACCAGGGCUGAGGCGGAGGCCGCCUUCAGCUGCGCGGGAGCUCUCGGCGCGUUCGGGCCGCCGGACGCGGUGCCAAGCCUCCAGGACCUCCCUCCCGCCGUCCGCGGCGCGCCGCCGCCCGUGCCAAGGCUCCCGCUCACGUACAUCAGGAGUAACCUCGAGAAGAUGAUCGCGUCCUCGUCGUUCAGGGCGGCCAACUCGCCUGAAGAGGCAGCGCCGGCCAUGGGCAACCUAGUGGGGGAAAUGCAAGGUCUUCUGGCCAAGGUUGACAAGAUGCUGCAGGGUCGUUCUGCUGCAGCUCUUCACCAUUAGGCUCAGUGUUUCUUUCUAGCAGCUGAUCGUCAGUCUUCUGUAGUUGUAGCGUAGAUCCUGCGAUCCAUUUCAGCAGCUGUAGUCCAAGUCCAAGCCGUCAUCUCAUUUAGUCGUGUAAAUGGUAGACCUGCUGCAUGCAUCGCUGCUCCAUUUAGUGGUAAUUUGUACUGGACUCUGCUAGUUAUAUCGUUAUCAUCCCCUUUGCUUUUAAAAUAUUGUGCUGGUGCGGUUCAUUAACCUGUCUUCUCAAUAAAAUAACCUGUCUUCUAAAAAAAAGUUAAUUAGCCUGCAGCUGCAAUCCUA